AUGAAUACUGAUUAUGGUGGAGAAUUUAAUAUUAAUGAAAAUUAUGAAAAAGAAAUUUACAAAUUUGUAGGAAUGAAUAAUGAUGGAGAAUUAAUAAAUUGGAUGAGAUAUUCUUUACAAAGUGGUGAUUAUUCAUUUAUUGAUGAGUAUAUUGAAAAAAAAUUAAUAAAAUUUAUGUAUAAUGAUGGAAAAGGAAAAAUAAUACAUAUAUCAGAGUUAAUUAAAAUUCGCCAAAUUCAAAGGUUAAAUCAAACUAAAAAAAUAAAAGAAAAAAAUUUUUCCUCAAAAAUAGAAAAUAAAGAUAUUAAUGAGUUAAAUUUUUAUGGAAAAAAUCAAAAUAAUGUAAGGAAAGCAUUAAAAAUGAUUGAUGGAGGAAAAGGUGAUGUUAAACAUAGAGAAAUUAUAUGGAAACUUGAGGAACGUGGUUAUAUUGGUGAGACAAUUAUUGGUGUUUCUAAAAGAAUUAUUAAAAAAUUUCCUAAAUUGGUAAAUGAUUUUAUGAUAUCUGAACAAUGUUAUGGUUUGUCACCCCUUCAUCAAUCUAUUAUAAAUGGUGAUAUUGAAAUGACUUAUUUUUUAUUAAAAAAUGGAGCUGAUUUCAAUCAACGUUGUUAUGGAGCUUUCUUUUCUACAAUUGAUCAAAGAGAUACAAGAUGGGAUAAUAUUAAACAUGAGUAUGUUGAGAUGUCUCUUGACACAAAUUAUGAGGGAAAAUCAUAUAUGGGUGAGUAUCCUUUAUCAUUUGCCUCCAGUACAAAUAACUUAGAUUGUAUAAGAUUGUUAAGGGUUUUUAAAGCUGAUCCAACAGUAAAAGAUUAUAAUGGUAAUACACCAAUGCAUAUGGCUGUAAUUCAUGAACAAUGUGAUGCAAUAAAUUUACUCUAUGAACUUGGUGGAAAAUUAACAAAUAGUAAUAAAUUAAAUCUUACACCAUUAACAUUAUCAGCAAAAUUAGGUAAAAAAAGUACUUUUGAAAAAAUAUUAAAUUUAGAAAAAUCACUUGUCUGGAGACAUGGAAAUUUUAAUUCAUUUUCUUAUCCAUUAGCAAAGAUUGAUAGUAUAGAUCAAGAUACAGGAACAAUUAAUUAUGAAUCAGCUUUAAGUUUGAUUGUCUAUGGAAGAGAAGAUAAACAUUUAAAAAUGUUAGAUGGUUUAUUAGAAGAACUUUUAAAAGCUAAAUGGAAUUCAUUUGGAAAACAAAAAUUAAUCAAAUCUUUUAUAUUUUAUUUUAUAUAUUAUUGUUUUUUUGUUGUGGCUUUUAUCUCAAGACCAACUAUUACUUCAUCUGAUAUCUGUCAUAAUAGAAUGUCAAAUAAUUUUCAAGUAAGCUUUAUUUUUGAAAUCUUAGUUUCAUUAAUGUCAUUAAUUCAAGUGGUUCUAGAAUUAAAUGAUCUUAAACAUUUAGGAUAUUUACGAUGGUGGAAUAUUUACAAAGCAUUUCCAGAAAAAUUAAUAUUUUUAUGUUUACUUGGUAAAGAUACUACAGGAAUAGAAGAUUCACUGGGAAUAAUAAGUGUCAUCUUAACAACAAUUCAUUUUUUAUUUUAUUGUAGAGCUAUCAAAUAUGUUGGUCCUUUUGUUUUGAUUAUCUAUGAUAUAAUAGCUAAAGAUAUGAUAAGAUUUAUAAUUAUCUAUAGAUGUGUUUUUAUGGAUCAAAAACAAAAUAAUAAAAUACAUAAUUGUACAAAAGAAAGAUAUAGAAUAGAUUCUAAUAAAGAAAGAAAUAAUGAAUUUACAAAUAUAAUUUGUAAACCAUAUGAAUCAAUUUUACGAUUAUUUUUUAUGACAUUAGGUGAAUUUACAAAAUUAUAUUCUGAAAUAAAUAAUUGUCCAAAUGUAUUAUUUUCAACCAUUGGAAAAAUACUAUUUUUUAUGUUUGAAGUUUUUGUUAGUAUUAUGUUAUUUAAUGUAUUAAUAGCUAUGAUGACUAGAACAUAUGAAAAUAUUGAAUCAACAAGUAAUGAAUAUAAAAGACAAUUGGCUAAAGUUAUCCUAGCGACAGAAGUUUCAAUGACAUCUAAUGAAAGGAAAAUAGUUAUGUUACAUUACUCUAAACCAAUUGAUACAAAUCGAAGAGUAAGAGCUUUUAUAAUUAAUAAAAAGAGUUAUCAUAAAGAAUCUAAAUUAAAAUAUAAUUUAUAUUCUAAUAAAAUUUUGUUAGAUAAAAGAUUAAAGAAAAUAAAAAAAGAAAAAGAAAAUAUACUUGAAUUAUAA